UCCGUAAAAAUUUGAGCCCGGAAAAAGUCUUCCAUUACCCCAUUCAAAAAAUGUUUCUCCAACAUAGAAGCUGUCUAAUAUUGCUAGUUUGAUUACAUUUUAGUACUCUUGAUAAAUUCGAGGAAACUGCCUUUGCAAAAACGGAUGUGGUUGUCGAUUACAGUACAAAACUCUACUUUUUCUUAAUGCUUCCAACUCCAAUGGCAGUUAGGCUUGGUAAAGCAUCGACGACGCUAUGGGAGGCCGUAGCAGCAGAAACAGAAACUGGGAACCAUCAUCUCAACAGGAUCUUCCACCUUGGUAUAACAACGAACAUUCGUCGAUUCAUCCUGGACCAAUAACGCCAUAUGUCUUUCAAGGUGUUCCAGAAAUUGAAAGACCGCCCAGUAUUAUUUACGUGGCAGUCUACGAUUAUGAACCCAGAACUCCUGGCGAUCUCUUGUUUAAGAAAGGUGACCAUCUAGAAAUCAUCGACAACAAUCACACUGAUUGGUGGAGGGCUCGAAGCAGAACAAACCAUAUGGAAGGUUACGUUCCAGCCAAUUACGUAGCUCCAGUUAGAUCGAUUGAAGCCGAACCGUGGUAUUUUGGUUCGAUCCUAAGAAUUGAUGCUGAAAACAUUCUACUCAGGUCCAGGAAUCACGACGGAUCCUUCCUUGUUCGCGUAUCGGAGAGUCGCUACAAUGGUUACGCUCUCUCAAUUCGCCUCGGCGCGGGGGUGAGACACUACCGCAUAAAGAAAGAAAAGGAUGACAUUGGAAACAACGUCCUCUUCAUCUCUCGUCGCAACACAUUUGUGACUUUGCAAGAAUUAAUCAAUCACUACAUCAACAAUAAAGAUGGACUCGCCACCAUUCUUACCAAACCUUGUUUGAAGGCUGGAGCACCGGUGACGGCUACACUAUCGCAUAACACGCAAGACAACUGGGAAAUCCCGCGUUCAUCGCUCAAAUUUGAACGGCAAUUGGGACAGGGACAGUUCGGUAAAGUUCAUCAGGGUCUUUGGAAUGGCACAGUACCUGUCGCUAUCAAAAGCCUCAUACCAGGAACGAUGGACCCUCAUGAAUUCAUAGCUGAAGCUCAGCUCAUGAAGAAAUUGCAACACGAAAAAUUGAUCAAGUUGUAUGCCGUCUGUACGACCGAGGAGCCUAUCUACAUCGUCACGGAACUCAUGAAAAACGGUAGUUUACUGGACUAUCUCAAAAGUAGUAAAGCACGUCAAGUGAAACUGCCAAAGCUCAACGACUUCGCUGUUCAGAUUGCUUCGGGCAUGUGUUAUCUCGAAGAAAUGAGCUACAUCCAUCGUGAUUUGGCUGCUCGUAACGUUCUCGUCUGUCACAAAGAAACUGUCGUCAAAAUAGCUGAUUUUGGAUUAGCGAGGGUCAUAAAAGAGGAAGAAUACGAAGCUCGAAUUGGUGCAAAAUUCCCACUUAAAUGGACAGCACCUGAAGCCAUCAACUUUGGCAAAUUCUCUACCAAAUCAGAUGUCUGGUCUUUUGGAAUUCUUCUUACUGAACUAAUCACUUACGGUCAAACUCCUUACCCUGGUAUGUCCAACAACGAAGUGUUACUCAUGAUCGAAAUGAAUUACAGGAUGCCCAUUCCUCCAAAAUGUCCUCAAUCCUGGUACGACAUAAUGUUGAAAACGUGGGAGAGUGAUCCGAUGAAACGACCGACUUUUGAGAAAUUACGAUCCACAUUGGAGGAAUUGUUGUUCCCCAAACGGCAAAAUUCUUCGGAAAUCAACUAGAUCUGUAAUAUAGGCACAUAUUAAUUAAGACUAUUGACAUUCUUAUAACUUGAUUAUGUUGCAAUUGGUUGUUGAGUCGCGUCUUGCCCAAAUGAAUGGCUUGUAUUUUUGUAAUGCCCUACUUAAGUGAAUUACAUAGCAUGAGUAUCACUGCA